AUGGCUACCAAUACCUACACCAAGGCGGCCAUCCGUGCCGAUACCGGCGUAGCGAAGGAGACCUUGACCGAGAUCACUACUCAACUCAGCGUCUUCGAUCUCAUCCCUCCAAGAGUGUAUAUUAAAUUUAUCGUCUAUCUACCACUGAAGCCUCAAGUCAACUUCCAACAGUCAUUCUCGCACCUCCAGGCUGGUCUUCACUCAACCUUGCAUGUAGCUCCCCGACAGCUCGCCUUCAAGGAUCUGUCGCAGGUGCUGCCCGACUAUGAGGAUCUUCGCGACUUAGGGUUCGAGUUCUCGGCCUUUGACGAUGAACUCGUCCUAGCCGCCCCGUUCGUGCCAGACUUGACGGGCGGCGCCGAUGUGUUUUUGGCGCAAGCGAAUUUCGUCAACGGCGGAUGCAUUCUCGCGACGGGAUUCCACCAUUCCGCAAGCGACGCGACCGGUAUGGUCACAGCGAUGCGUGCGUGGUCAGAACACUGUAGAAACCUCUCGCAGCCGGACGUCAACGUCUGCAGCUGGCUGGCACCCGAGAGUUUCGAUCGUACACUUCUUGAGCGGUUGUGGAGUAAGACGCCCGCCAAGCCCGCUGCCGAGAUCCCGCGCGAUACAUGGGGCUUUCUCGGCUUCCAACCGCCGGAGGCGGAGGAAGAAACGGCAUCUUCUACAGCCCCACCUCGGACUAUGGAGUCUAGUAUCUUCUACAUCUCUCCGGACAGCUUCAAUAAUCUGAAGAAAGACGUGCUAGAUGACUCUCAUGAUGGGGCGGGAUUGUCGGCAAUUGAUGCACUUUUGGCGCUUUUCUGGCGCGCUCUCAUGAAAGCGCGGUACAAGGCGGCCAUCGCGUCUGGCCAGCCUGCGCCGGCGGACGAAAUGUCGUACCUGGAGUCGCUUGUUGAUGGUCGCACGGAUUUCGACCCAGAGCUCCCAUCAUCGUAUGCCGGAAACCUUGUCAUCGUCAACAAAGUUACCAUGCGGAUGAAUGAGCUCGCGUCGCCGACAACGAGUUUACGCGAUGUCGCCCUACAAAUUCGCGCACAGGCGGCCAAGGUAAAUCCGGGGCUAGUCAAGGACGCGUUCACGCUUAUGCGCGAGGUCCCUGAUUAUACGAAGCUGAAGCAUGCUUUCACCCGGCUUGAUGGUUUUGAUGUCAUGAUCACAUCGGUUUUAUUGUUGCCGUUGGAUAAGAUUAACUUCGGCGGGCAUGUAUUUAGCAAUGAUGGCAAGCCGGAAUCAUUACGACCCUUGAUGGAUGCUUUCAAUGCCAAUUUCAGGCUUCGAUGUUUGUUCGCUGACGAGAUGGGGCAACUGCAGGCAGAUGAGGAGUUUACAAAGUAUGCUGCAUUUUGCUGCCAUUAG